AUGGAAGGGUCUUUGCCGAGCCGCGGGAAGCUGCUGCAGCAGCACAAGGCGGAGCUGCGCGUGCUGCGGACGGAGGCGAAGAGGGUUUGCGCCAAAGCCAAAUCCAAAGAAGAAAGAGCAGCAGCAGAAGCAAAAUAUUCGCUGCUGGAGCAGCAGCUGCUGCAGCAGCAGCACCAGCAGCUGCAGCAGCUAGCAGAAGCAGCAGCAGCAGACUCAGAUGUAGAGUCGAACAAGGCGGAGGCGCUGCAAGCUGCUGCUGAUGCUGCUGCUGCUGCAGCAGCAGCAGCAGCAGCGCCUAACCCUAGCUCCCCCCCAAACACCCCAAUAGCAGGUGAACUCUAA